CUAUGUGGGCAAGCUGCUGUAAUUGGUUCUGUCUGGAUGGCUCUCCUGACGAGAUGCAGCCGCCGUCGCCACCAGGAGCCCGAGCCCAAGCCUACUCCAACCCCGGCUACAGCUCCUUCCCGUCGCCCACCGCUGCGGAGCAGAGCUGCAGGGCCUGCGGGCGGCACUUCGACAGCUUCUCCAGGAAGCACACCUGCUUGGACUGUAAGAAGAGUUUUUGUACGUCCUGCUCGAGCCAGCCUGAAGGCGGGCCCCUUCUCUGCCACCUCUGCCAGCGGUUCCGAGCCACGGCUUUUCAGCGGGAGGAGUUGAUAAAGAUGAAGGUGAAGGACCUGCGAGACUACUUGGCACUCCAUGAGAUUUCCACAGAGUUGUGUCGUGAGAAGGAGGACCUGGUCUUUCUGAUUCUCGGCCAGCAGCCUGUAAUUACGCAGGAAGAUCAGAUAAGAACAAAUCCAUUUAGUACUAGUGCCUCUGGACAGCAAGACUUUGUCAUUCUCCCACCGACCAGCACAGCGUCUUCUACCUCACAUGAUGCGCCUCCAGUGUCUGCAGAUCCCAUCUCAAGUUCACUAGCUCAGGAAAAUCAACAGGCAAAUGGGUACGUGCCUCCAAGCCCAGUCGAUCUGACAGGAGUUGAGAAUGCAGCAGAAGCACCAACAGAGGAGGAGACAGAGUCGACUGACUCAGAAGAUAACCUGGUGCAGGGGAGGAAGGCUUCUCUUUCGGAUCUAACGAGCGUCGGAGACAUCCAUGCACUCUCUGUGCGACAGCUGAAGGAAAUUCUUGCUCGCAACUUCGUCAACUACAAAGGCUGCUGUGAAAAGUGGGAGCUGCUAGAGAGGGUGACUCGUCUUUAUAAAGAGAAAGACCUUCAGCAUCUAGUUUCUGAUACAGACGAUCAAACUGGUGGUGCCGGGCUCCCCGGCAGGGAGGACAACCUCUGCAAAAUCUGCAUGGACGCCCCCAUCAACUGCGUCCUGCUGGAGUGCGGCCACAUGGUCACGUGCACCAAGUGCGGGAAGCGGAUGAGCGAGUGUCCCAUCUGCAGGCAGUACGUGAUCAGGGCCGUGCACGUCUUCAAGGCCUAA